UCAUGUCGGUUAGAAGUGAUGUUUAUUUCUCACAGCUUCACCACAUGAGAAUCUGUGCCUUCUUCGGUCUUGUCACUUGCCCUUCGUUAGAUUAUUAUUUCGCGAUUUUGUCAAGUAACACGCGUUAGGUUCUCUUGGUAAAUCGGUGGCAAUUGGAAGAUAUGAUUAGAGCGAUUGUUGUUAUUUAUUGACGUGAUUUGAGUUUAGGUAGUUCAAUGUAAACAGUGCGGGUGCGAUGUUGAAUUGGCGCCGUUGCUUCGAUGAGCUUUAUUGUUGCAAUGUAUGUUGUAGAUGUUUCUAGCGGUAGAAUGGACAGUAAAGGAUGUUGCAGAGGUGCAUCGCCAUCGUUGGAGUUGGCUCAGCCAUCUAUGUUUGAGAUAGGAGUGCACGCGGGCAUUGACCCUGCGUGCAGCAGCCUCCUUGGAGUUCAAGGCAUCUUCGAACGCUGGCGAUAACCGCUGGUGUUAUCCAUUCUUUCUCGCUGCCUGCAUCGCAUUCAGAUGUACAAGCAGCGUUUUGACCCGAAGGAGCUGUUCGGGUUGGUUUCUUGUAUGAUGUGAAGAUGUUGUUCGUCGUCUUUUACAUCUGGGCAACUUCGUUUCUUGCUAUGAGCAUGUGAACGAAGAAUGGAUUAUUAUGCGCACCUUUCGCAGACGGCAGCGAGCGGAUUUGGAAUUUCGAAUCGCGGACAUUCUACUGAUUAUCGUCAUCGUCGAAUACAUUUAAGCGGGACCGAUGUAUUAUUUGUUUAUCAUCAAGGGGUUUUACUCAGAGAUGCCGGCCGCAGUCUAGCUAUGGUUGAACCGAGGCACCAGGCGGAUUGUUGUGUCGCGAGACCUUGCCCUCAUGGGUGCGCUUACGGGGUGGGUCUCACUCUUAAUAAAAAGAAAGUGGUUGCGUGGUGUGGAGGAUUGUUCCUCCUGCUCGUGCGUUGUGUCGGUCGCGUAUCAUCUCUACUGGUAACCUGCCUGGGAAUUGUUGACGUGGAUGGCAUGCGACAUCGUCUUUUUUGUUCUGGUUGUCGAGCGUGCUUGUGGAACCAGGGAGAGCUUUGGUGUAUCUCAUUGAUGCUCUCAAUCAUGUCGGUGGAGAUCUCGAAGCAUGCGUGUGCAAUCUAUUGAGAAUGGCGGUCUUUCAGCGUCUGACGAAAUUGGGUCUGUUCAAAUGACAUCCACUCACCUCGAUAUGGUAGAAAUCUACUUCGGGAUUUAGUCGCCGUGCUACUAGAAUACGACGAGAGUUGUGCUCUCUCAUGCUUCUGGUGGAUGCCACACCAACAGUGCCGUCGCUUGGGACAUGAAAUGAUGGAGAUCCACCUGAUAGCGUCAACUCGCACUCAACUCUGUUGGUUACCUUUCAAGAUAAUGUCCAUUCAGAGCACACCAGCCAAUAAUUUACACUCAUGCAUCCUUUUGGUUCCAUGUUAUCCAUGGACAGUCUGAUUACUCACCGCAAGUCUACAUCCUCAAGGUAGUGCCCCUCAACUCUAACUGUGAAAUUGAAUGUGUUGCGGAAUUACUUUGGAAGAUGUGGUGCAAUUAUUUAUCUCUGAAUUAUUCUAUUGUCUUUAAACCUGUUUCCUAACCCAAUUAAACACACGUAUCCUAUGUAAUUGUAUGUCGAAACAUGGCAUUUCAGCCAGUCAUCUUCUACUGAGUCAAUUUUUCUCUACAGGUUCCAUGUCUCGUAGAAUUUUUGUUAACGGACUCCAGAUGCACUCUAUUGACCCCUUUUUUUUCUUCUGGAUACUGCCGAAUCAUUCGCAUGUUUAAACGUGCGACUAUGCGAUCUACAGUCUAGUUUCCUUUCAUUUCCAAUAUUUUUUGGACAUUUUCUCCGUACAUCCUGAUGGAUGAUGAAUAUUAGGACUUUCUAUUUUACAUGUAAACGAAAUCCGAUCUCAUCUGUCAUGCGACAGACUACUGUGAUCACAUUGUUCACAAUUUUCACAUAUACAACUUACCGUUUCUGUUCCUUCUGGGGGAUCUGAUACCAUCUAAGGGUAGCUAAUAUUUUUUUAGAAUUUUGAUGACAGGCUUAAGGUAGGCAUUGUCCCGGUGGUUCGAAAUAAUUUUCAUUUCAGCGUCUGUUCAGAACCUUUGAUGGAGACCCUUAAUCUUGUCCAUAUUAAGAUUUCUGUAGUAAUUACAAAUCAUUGAAGAAGUCGAUCAUUGCAUCUGACAAGUCAUGGUAUUGUGAGGAACACUAUAUAUAUUGUAAAUCUGUAGUGCGUCUGCAGGAACUUUCUGUUGCUGCAAUACUUAAGAGCUUCCUUCUGUUCUGUGACCUGAUUGGUUUCUCUACAGAUCAAAACAUCUCGGUUCCUAUUUAUAGACUAUCACAUCAUGCAUAAUCAGAGAACGUUUAUGCUACUCAGUCCGUGCAGAUGUUGAGCAGUACACUCCUUGUGUCUCUCUGUUUCAUUAACCUGAGUGUAUGUCGAGAGCGGCAUGUGUACGACUUCUUUUGGCAGGUUCGACUAAGAAAACUGGGGCCUCAAAUCUAUCUUACGGAUAUUUCACGUGGUGCAUCUGGAAACUGGAACAUCUUCGAGCUCUGAAUGCUAACAGUGUCGCCUCCCACUAUUUGUGCACAUUUUGCAGAAGUGUGCGCACCCAUAGAGUUAAAUAUUCAAAAGAAGAGUUAUGGAAAUUACGCAUGGUCAAUGUACUCAUUGUCACCGGGAAGAUAGUUGUAAGGGCAGUCUUUACACUUCGGUGUCAUUGAGGCUUGCAGAUUUUUUGCACUUUAUUAUGUACAGUGACUAAUGCUGAAUGUCCCAGUUGCCGAACUUCAUUGUGCACUGUACAUAGUACUAUGUUGCAAUAAUGUGACAUCUGGAA